UUUAUUCUUUUUUUUUUUUUACUUUUUUUUUUCUUUUUUAUUCUUUUUUUUUUUAUCUUAUUAUUAUUAUUAUCACAUUUAAUACUUUAUAAUUCUUUUUUUUAUUCAAAUAUGCUUCAUGUUCAAGAAUCCCUUCCACAUAGUAAUAGUUUAAUCUUUACACAACCUCUUCUUGCCUCUCCUUCAUCUAAUUCUAUUCACCCUCAACCUACCAUCUCUUCUUCAAGAUCAACAAGAGUCAUUGAACAAUUACAAGACAAAUGGGAAAGAAUACAAAAAGAACUUGCAGUGACGCGGUCUCAGUUAGAAAGUACCAAACAAGCCAAACAUCAACAUGAUACACAAACCAAAUGUUAUACAGAAUCUAACAAACAAUAUCGUGUUCAUAUUCAAGGAUUAAUGCAAGUAUUGGAUACUAAACAAAAAACACUGGAAGGUACAAAACGAUCAUCAGUAUCCAUGGAAUCACAAGUCAAAACACUCAAAGAUGAAGCACUUAAAUCAAGACAACAAUUGGAAGCUUUAAGACGACAAGAACAAGUACUUGAACGAGAACGAGAUAUCGCUGUCACUAAAAAGGAACAAUGGGAACGCCAACGUAUUGUGUUAGGAAGUUCUUUACAGCAAUUGGAACGUCGAUUAGAUCGUGAAGCUGGUAACCUUCGAGAACAACUCAAAGUCGUACAAGAACGAGCACAUGCUAUGUCAGUAUAUCAUAAUGAUUUUCUUGCUUUGGUAGCCAAGACAAUGGAACGAUAUGUGAUGGAUCGUGCCGAUAGUUAUCAACAAUUGGAACGUGCUAAACAUAAUUUGGAACAUCAACGACAACAAUGGAUACAAACAACUCAAAGUCACCUUGUGAAUUUAACAGAUGCUAUUGGACUCUCAGGGACAACUACUGAUGAAUUUCAUGUUACUGUCAAUCGAUGUCGUGGGGAAGUCAACGGUUUGAUUAUGAAGAUUCGUGCUUACACUGUCAUGGUGGAAUGAUCUUUUUUUUUUUUAGUUUAAUUUUAUCUAGUUUAGCUUUUGUUAUAUAGUCUUUUAUUUAAUUACCAUUUUUUUUAAUAAUAAUAAAAAGUUAAACAGGUUACUCCAAGUUUAUAGUCAAAAGGAACGAUGAGAAGGGUCUUGUUUGGUGUUGUGAAAGAACAUAUUAAGGGCAUAUGUUGUAUGUGUAACACGGAUGUUUCGGAAACUGUUG